AUGAAGAUCACCAUCCAGUUCAAGAGCUUCAUCUACUUUGUGUUGCUAAUCAUCAGCCCUCAGCAUCCCAGGUAUCAAGAUUUCAAAGUUUCUCUGAUUAGCCAACCAUCAUCCAUACCCUUCAGCUCUUCAUUGUGGUUCAUCAUCAUUGCCUUUCUAUGCCAGCCCCCAUGGAUAGGCUUUAACAACAUCUGCAUUUUUUUUUGGACUGCAAAUAUUCAUCUUCGUUUGGUACAACACUGCCGUUUUGACAAUUUUGGUAGUUUCGUCCCCAGUGGACCACACGCAACUACAUUUAUUUUGUCUUCCUGUCGUUGUUGUCUACGACUUCACAUCAUCGCUGUCUUCGUUGACGUCUUCGCCUUCAUCUCCGUCUCGUCGUCUUGGCCGUCUUCGCCCUUGUUUCAUCGCCGUCUCGUCUUGGCCGUCUUCGCCUUUGUUUCAUCGCUGUCUUGGCCGUCUUUUUCUACGCCAUCACUUCGUCGCCGACAUGUCCUUCGCCCUUCACGUAGGGAGGUCACCGUGGAUCGUCGUCCUGGUAUUGCUUUAUUUUGCGUUGUUAUGUUUAAGUUAACCCGUUGGCUGCCACCCCGUUUGCGUCCCAUUUUUUUUGUAGCUUAUAGGGACCGGCCGCAAUGGCCUUCGCCGCAAGGCGCCUUAGGCAAUGCACCAGUAGGGACUUCUCUUUGUCGAUGCGGUGGCGGAUUCCUGAGGGUGUGCAUUCCCUGUAAUGGAUUCCGUCACCGUGUCAGCCCGGACUUGUCUUCGGACAAGUCCCACCUUGUUCGCGAUCCUUAUGACGCGAUACUUAGUUACUGUAGUUUAAGCAACCUACGGGUUGCAUGGCCUGGCAGCCAACGGGUUAAUUUAGUUAAGUGUAUGUAUGUUUAUGUAUAUAUUUCUGUGUAUAUUUAUCGUUAUGUAAAAUAG